AUUCGCGAAAUAUUAUACGCCGUACGUGGUUCAGACCUGAGUAGGACCUGAGGUCCCCAGUUUUGCUAAAUUGCUCCGGCUUCCGACCUCCGAGGUAGGGGGCGAGAGUAGGACUAUAUAAAAACCCACACACUCCGCUACUCAUUGGGAAUAGUAUAUAAAAAGUCGGAAUCGACCCUCCCCGCUUUUCUUGAUCUUGCUAUUCAUAUUCGGCUUUAUGUUUUGAUGAGGCAUUUAUAACAACUUUGUCAUUUGAAGUAGGCCCAUAGCAAUUCUUUUUUCACUUUUCUAGAAAGUGAACUUCUACGAAAGUUAAAUUUUAAACCUAUUUUAAAGGUUUAAUUUGUCGUUUCCCUGUACGUUGCUUAUCCAUCCAUUUUGGUCAGGGGCGGGAGGGCUAAAGCUUACGCCAGGCAGCAUUUGGGCACAAAGUUCGGCUACAUCCUAAAGGGACGCCAGUCUAUCGCAGGGCAAACAAUCUUUAUAACAGAUAUGAUUUCUUUGAAUGCAACCAUUGAUUAAUAUUGAGGAGUGUAUUAACAGAUGCGCAUCAGGUCGCACAUUUUAGCAGGAGUACCCCGUCGUGCGCGGCGGAGAGACGGGCAGCGGCGCCAUGGAUACGAGCAACACGCAAGACAGCUUCGCUGUUAGUCUGCACAUUUUCAGCGAGGAUCAAGCGAAGGGAGGAAUCCAACUCUGUAAGUCGAGUCAGCAUCAGGACCUCACUUUACAAGUGGGCGGCGUGGAGGGGGAACAGGAGCUCACUCUCAAAAACGGUGACGGUGUGUGCGUGUUCAAGUUCUCGAUGGGCAGAGAGACGGAGUGCUGCAGGGCAGGCAACCAGUCCUUUCUUGUCACUUUGGGCUGUGUCAGCGUUCUCCUCCAUUUCAGGACUGGGACAGAGUUCCACACCUUUCACAAAAUGGUGAGGAGGGACAGCAGACUGGGGAAGGAGCCGUCUGCAUUUGACCAGCGCACUGACGACUCCUCGGCCCGGCAGUACUUCCAGUUUUAUGGCUGUCUGUCCCAGCAGCAGAACAUGCUCCAGGACUACCUGCGGACAGCCACCUACCAGAAGGCCAUACUUCUGAACGAGGUGGACUUCAAAGAUAAGGUGGUUUUAGAUGUGGGCUGCGGAUCCGGCAUCCUCUCUUUCUUCGCCAUCCAGGCUGGAGCCAAGAAGGUGUAUGCUGUGGAAGCCAGCUCUGUGGCUAGGUAUGCAGAGAUUCUCGUCAAGAGCAACAAUCUGUCUGAUCGGAUCACGGUCUUGGCCGGGAAGAUCGAGGAGGUCUCCUGUCCAGAGCAGGUGGAUGUUAUCGUGUCGGAGCCGAUCGGGUAUAUGCUGCUGAAUGAGCGAAUGCUGGAGAGCUACCUCUACUCCAAGAAAUGGCUGAAGUCCAAAGGAAUGAUGUUCCCGACCUUCAGUGACCUCCACCUGGCCCCCUUCUCUGAUGAGCAGCUGUACAUAGAACACUACACCCGAUCCAGCUUCUGGCAUCAGACCUCCUUCUUUGGGAUUGACCUGAGUGGCCUGCACAGUGCUGCUGUGGAUGAGUUCUUCAAGCAGCCAGUCGUGGACACAUUUGACAAGCAGAUUCUAAUGGCAAAAUCUGUCAAAUUCAGCAUCAAUUUCCUAGAUGCCAAAGAAGAGGACUUGCAUAGGAUAGAAAUCCCCUUCGUCUUCCAGUUACACCAGUCUGGUCUUAUCCAUGGCCUAGCAGUCUGGUUCGACGUGGCCUUUGUGGGCUCCAGGACCACAGUAUGGCUGUCCACCUCGCCGAGUGAGCCCCUGACCCACUGGUACCAGGUCCGCUGCCUUCUUCAGACCCCGCUCUUUGCCAAAAUGGGGCAGACCCUUUCUGGGACAGUCCUGCUGGUAGCCAACAAAAGGCAAAGCUAUGAUAUACAUCUGUCUGCUGUUGUCGACCAAUCUGGCUUCAAAUCUGGCAACAUACUGGACCUUAAAAACCCUUUCUUCAGAUAUGCCUAGAUGUACAGCCGUCGCCAAAGCAGAGCUAAAAACAUGGAGAAACAGCAGGAGGAUUGACGGAAAUGUGUCUCGCAUUCGUGUUUUGACCCUGAGCUUUUAAUGAACCUGGGGCAGCUGCACUACAGUGUCCUGUACAGAUGGAGAGGAACCCAUCCAUGGAGAGGAUGGGGCCACUGCCGCCCCACUGGAGGACUGCGGUACUGCAGGCUGAUUCUACUUGACAGCUGAAAGCAUUCGGUUCAGUCUCAGUCCACGUGGCUCUUCUCUAUAAUGCAGACUGUUGUUAAUCUGUCAUUAAGAUCUAAAAUGUACAGUACUCAGAUGUUGAAAGAUGAUUAACUUUUCUUAACGUGCAAUAUAUCGUUUGGGAAGAAUUCUGUCACAUUUCAUAUUUUAUUAUUACUUAUGGAAGCAAUUCAUGUUAUUUAGGCCUAUUUACAAUAGAAACAUAACUUUUUUGCAUUUAAAAUAUAUUUUUUAUGUUCUUUCCCAUUGCUUCUGUCUGCCAUGAAUUUAACUGUAAACUAUUUUCCACAUAUACCGUGUUUAUACCAACAUAUAAGGAAAUUGUCAGACGAUGUAUAUGUAUUCUCGCUUACUCAAAGCGGCCGACCGGAUUCACCAAUUUAUAUACUUCUGUAUCUUACUUGAACGAAGCAUUAUAGUAACCGCGAAGUCAGACUGAAGAACCACAUUGCCACCCUCUGACCAUGUGCUGUAUUAACCUAAAAAGAAACUUAUUCAAUUUGCACCAUGGCUUUAAAUAAAGUGUGAAUCAUACAA